UAUCUCAGGCUAGCCUUGAACUCACUGUGUAGCUCAGGCUGGCCUUGAACUCCCAGCAAUCUUCCUGCCUCAGCAUCCUCAAAAGGGUACACCACCUCACCUGUCAAGGAUAUACUCUUCAUAGGUAACUUGCUCUACCCUGGGUGAGACAGCAAUCUGUUCCCACUGAACACAAAGGAAAACUGAGAUGCCCCCCCCCAAUAUUAAGAAGCUGACAAUUCCCCCUUAUCCUCUCCUUCAUGAUAGUGUCUCCUGCCUCGGGUGUCAUCCUAGUUCUGAAGAGAACUCCCUAAGAAAUUGACCUCCAAGAUAGGAUCUGGGAGAGAGUGGGUACGGGCCUCUGGAGGACAAAGGGCUCCCCACAACCCGGUUCGGCCCCCAACCCUUACCCCGCAUCAGGCCGAACACACUGCUGGCUCUUGCUUCCAAGAGCCGCCCACGGCCCUCACUUAUUAUAGUCUCGGUUGCGUCAAGAGGGUGGAAAGCCAAAUCAAAGGACCGCCGAGACUCUAAAUCCUGGGCAGGGGUCUCCAAGGCUUCAGGGAGACUUUCUUCCUUCCUGCCCACCGCCCCCCUCCAUGGGGACUCAGCCUAUCUUCUGCAUGGAUUUAACUGCUCAUGUUUCUCUGCCCCUCUGGAGGACAAAGCCUUGAACUCCAAAGCCCCUAAAGGGGUGGGGACACAGCGCAAAUGGUGUCCAUUCACUAUGCCGCUCCCUUUAACCUGCUCUAAGAGCCCGGCUACAUAGACCUCAGGAGACUGAAGGCAAAAACCUAAGAGGCCGGCUCCCACUGCCUCAACUGAGGGGGUUCCUUGUGUUCAGGGAGCAAAAAUCUCCCGUAGGUGGGUAACCAGGUGUGAGAUAGUGCCUUCACUAACCCAGCGUCCCUUGAUUGGUCCCCCACCCAUUCUACACACUGAUCCCUCCUCUCCGCUUAUCCCCGCCACAGCUUCUGAGGCACUCUUGGAGCUACGGUUGCUAUGGAGACUAGAUGCAUUUUGGAAUAGGGGGGUGUCAAUUGGUAGAUGUAUUUCUUCCACCUUGAGCUGGGGCCUUUGACUCACGCUGCAGCUUGGGCUCAGGAGUCCUCAAGUCUCUCUCCUCUAGAGAGAGGCACCCCCCCCCCUCGCUUCUACCCUACUAAGUUCCUUGUUUGUCCCCAUCCCUGGGGAACACUUUCCAAGUUCACUUUGGGACAAUCAGUCCAAGCCGCAGUGCCGUAAAAGUAUUCAGUAUGGGGUGGGAGUUGGUGUGGAAGAGGGGGCUGGGUGAUGAGAAAGGAAAUUCAUCCAGGUACCCCGAGAAAGGAAAGAACAGGGGUCCUGGGAAGGAAUGUUAGGGCUCACAAUAUUCCGGUUUCAGUUCCCCAGAAUUGACAGAGACCAAAAGAGUUUUGUUUCCUGUACCUGUCCAGCCAAUAGAUCAGUGUUUUUACCUUUGCCCCUAAAUGUCACACUCCACAUUCGUGUUCCCUAACCUUGGUGUGAGAAAGGAGGGUGCCAGGUAGUUGGCGGAGGUGAAUCCAAGACCCAGGAAAUCCAGUCCAGGUUUUGGAAGGGAAAUCCAGUCCUGGAUUUUGUACCGCCCUAGCAGACAGCGGUGCUGGUGGGGGGGGGGGAGAUGAGAUGGGGGGGCCCGCGGGCCGCCUCCUCCUCAAUGUGAGGGGAGCGCCCGGACACAACGCGCAUCCGGACCGAGCCGAUCCCGGGCGAGGCCCCCCGGACUCUUCGCCAGGAUCCACGCCUCUCCCCUCCCAGACCCCAGACCCUUGGGUUCCUACCCCUCCCGUUCCUUCUUUCCUCCCCCACCGCCUCCAAUCUCUCCAUCCCUAGCAUCCUCCCCGUGCUCCAGCGAAUCCCCCGCACAGACAGCCCUACUAGUCUCCUAUCCUCAAGACCCCCCUUUUCCCACUGCAUCCGUGGCCUCUGCCCAUUGAGUCGGCAUUCCCGCCCCUGCCUUCCCCGCACCCGUGCUUCUCCCCCAGUCCCCUGUCCCCUUUUUCUGCCCCUUUUUUCUUCUUACCCAUUUGCCCCCACUACUGUCCUCCCCACCCUCCUCCGCCCAUCUCAGCGCCCCCACCCAGGCCGGGGUGCAGGGUCCGGCGCGCCUCCCUGGAGCAGCACCAAGGUCCCGGGGCUCCAAGGGGGUGGGAGCGCAGGGCGGGGAGCAUGGGGAGGGGGCGCCCCAUGUGAUGGGAGGGGGGCGCAAGAGGAGGCGGCGGAGGCGGCGGCGACAGCGGAGCCGGGCUGGGGGCUCAGUGGGGUCCGGGGACUGGGGGCAGCGAGCAGGGCGGCCCCAUGGCCGGGCCCCCCUGAGGCAGUCCCGGGGAGUUCCCUCCCCUCCCCAGCUCGGGGGUCUCCGGGCCCCAUGAGCCGGGGCGCGGGCGCGCUUCAGCGCCGGACAACGACCUACCUCAUCUCGCUGACCCUGGUCAAGCUCGAGUCGGUACCUCCGCCGCCGCCUUCUCCGUCUGCAGCGGCGGCCAGCGCCCCCGGGGCCAGAAGCUCCGAGCCCCGAGAUCCUGGCAGCCCCCGAGGCGCGGAGGAACCCGGCAAGAAGCGGCACGAGCGUCUCUUCCACCGGCAGGAUGCGCUGUGGAUCAGCACCAGUAGCGCGGGCGCCGGGGGCGCGGAGCCCCCAACGCUGUCCCCGGCUCCGGCCAGUCCGGCUCGCCCGGUCUCCCCGGCUCCGGGCCGCCGACUGUCCCUCUGGGCCGCCCCUCCGGGACCCCCGCUCUCCGGGGGGCUGAGUCCAGACUCCAAACCGGGGGGCGCCCCCUCUUCCUCCCGACGCCCUCUACUCAGCAGCCCAAGCUGGGGGGGUCCGGAACCUGAAGGCCGGACGGGAGGCGGCGUCCCGGGCUCGUCCUCCCCGCAUCCUGGCACCGGCAGCCGAAGGCUCAAGGUGGCGCCUCCUCCACCGGCUCCCAAGCCUUUCAAGACCGUGACCACUAGUGGAGCCAAAGCCGGCGGGGGCAAGGGCGCGGGUAGCCGCCUGUCAUGGCCCGAAAGCGAGGGCAAGCCCAGGGUCAAGGGGUCAAAGAGCAGCGCUGGAACUGGAGCUUCUGCCACUGCGACCGGCGGGGGAGGGGGAGCUGCAGUCACGACCUCUGGUGGGGUCGGGGCUGGGGCUGGAGCGAGAGGGAAGCUAUCCCCACGGAAAGGCAAGAGUAAGACCUUGGACAAUAGUGACUUGCAUCCAGGACCCACUGCCGGCUCUCCUCCGCUCACCGUGCCAGCAACCCCAGUUCCAGCCACUUCUGUCACCACCACCUCCACGCAGCCCCUCGGGCCUGCACCCCCUAUCACUCUGGAGCCACCAGCUCCAGGGCUGAAAAGGGGCCGGGAGGGCGGCCGAGCGUCCACUCGUGACCGCAAGAUGCUCAAGUUUAUCAGCGGUAUCUUCACCAAGAGCACAGGGGGGCCUCCUGGCCCUGGUCCCCUUCCCGGACCCCCAGGCUUGUCUUCCAGCAGCGGGUCCAGGGAGCUGCUGGGCGCAGAGCUACGCGCCUCCCCUAAGGCUGUGGUCAAUAGCCAGGAAUGGACUCUGAGCCGCUCAAUUCCUGAACUGCGCCUGGGUGUGCUGGGUGAUGUCAGAAGUGGGAAGUCCUCCCUCAUCCACAGAUUCCUCACAGGUUCAUACCAGGUGCUGGAGAAGACAGAGAGUGAACAGUACAAGAAAGAGAUGCUGGUGGACGGGCAGACUCAUCUGGUGCUGAUCCGAGAGGAAGCGGGAGCGCCCGAUGCCAAGUUCUCAGGCUGGGCGGAUGCUGUGAUCUUCGUCUUCAGCCUGGAGGAUGAGAGCAGCUUCCAGGCUGUGAGCCGUCUCCAUGGGCAGCUGAGCUCCCUUCGUGGGGAAGGACGAGGAGGUCUGGCCCUGGCUCUGGUUGGGACCCAAGACAGGAUCAGUGCCUCCUCUCCGCGAGUGGUGGGUGACGCUCGAGCCCGGGCUCUCUGCACAGACAUGAAACGUUGCAGCUACUAUGAGACCUGUGCAACCUAUGGGCUCAAUGUGGACCGGGUCUUCCAGGAGGUGGCCCAGAAGGUGGUGACUUUGCGCAAACAGCAGCAACUCCUGGCUGCCUGCAAGUCCCUGCCCAGCUCACCAAGCCAUUCAGCCGCUUCGACUCCUGUAGCCGGGCAGGCUAGCAACGGGGGCCACACUAGCGACUACUCUUCUUCACUUCCAUCUUCACCUAAUGUUGGACACCGGGAGCUCCGAGCUGAGGCGGCCACUGUGGCUGGGUUAAGCACCCCAGGGUCCCUACACCGAGCAGCCAAGCGAAGGACCAGCCUUUUUGCGAACCGUCGGGGCAGUGACUCUGAGAAGCGGAGCUUAGACAGUCGGGGAGAGACAACAGGGAGUGGGCGAGCCAUCCCCAUUAAACAGAGCUUCUUGCUAAAGAGAAGUGGCAAUUCCUUGAACAAAGAAUGGAAGAAGAAAUACGUGACUCUUUCUAGUAAUGGCUUUCUACUCUACCACCCCAGCAUUAAUGAUUACAUCCACAGUACACACGGCAAAGAGAUGGACUUGCUACGGACAACUGUCAAAGUCCCAGGCAAGCGGCCCCCAAGGGCUAUCUCUGCUUUCGGCCCCUCAGCCAGCAUCAACGGGUUGGUCAAGGACAUGAGCACCGUCCAGAUGGGCGAAGGUCCUGAAGCCACUACUCCUAUGCCCAGCCCCAGCCCCAGCCCCAGCUCCCUGCAGCUUCCACCGGACCAGACAUCCAAGCACCUGCUGAAGCCAGAUCGGAAUUUGGCCCGGGCCCUUAGCACCGACUGUACCCCAUCUGGAGACCUGAGCCCCCUGAGUCGGGAACCCCCACCAUCUCCCAUGGUAAAGAAGCAGAGGAGGAAGAAAUUGAGCACACCAUCCAAGACUGAAGGCUCAACCGUGCAGGCUGAAGCCAAGCGCAAAAUGUGGAAACUAAAAUCCUUUGGUAGUUUAAGAAAUAUUUAUAAAGCAGAGGAAAACUUUGAGUUCCUGAUCGUGUCCAGCACUGGGCAGACGUGGCACUUUGAGGCAGCCAGCUUCGAGGAGCGGGAUGCCUGGGUUCAGGCCAUCGAGAGUCAGAUUCUGGCCAGUCUGCAGUGCUGUGAAAGCAGCAAGGUCAAGCUGCGCACUGACAGCCAAAGCGAAGCUGUGGCCAUCCAGGCAAUCCGAAACGCAAAGGGAAACUCUACCUGCGUGGACUGUGGAGCUCCCAACCCCACGUGGGCCAGUUUGAAUCUGGGUGCGCUCAUCUGCAUUGAGUGUUCUGGCAUCCACCGGAACCUGGGCACACACCUGUCCCGCGUGCGUUCGUUGGACUUGGACGACUGGCCGCGGGAGCUGACCCUGGUGCUGAUGGCUAUUGGCAACGACACGGCCAACCGCGUGUGGGAGAGCGACACUCGGGGCCGUGCCAAGCCCACGCGGGACUCUUCGCGGGAGGAGCGUGAGUCGUGGAUUCGCGCCAAGUACGAGCAGCUGCUGUUCCUGGCGCCUCUGGGUACCACAGAGGAGCCGUUGGGCCGCCAGCUGUGGGCCGCUGUGCAGGCCCAGGACGUGGCCACUGUUCUGCUGCUUCUGGCCCACGCUCGACAUGGGCCACUCGACACCAGCGUGGAGGACCCGCAGCUCCGUUCGCCGCUCCACUUGGCGGCUGAGCUCGCCCACGUUGUCAUCACGCAGCUGCUGUUGUGGUACGGCGCAGAUGUGGCGGCCCGUGAUGCGCAGGGCCGCACGGCCCUGUUCUACGCCCGCCAGGCUGGCAGCCAGCUGUGUGCAGACAUCCUCCUCCAGCACGGUUGCCCGGGAGAAGGCGGCAGCACAGCCACCACACCGAGCGCGGCCACCACCCCCAGCAUUACCGCCACGCCCAGCCCGAGGCGCCGGAGCAGCGCUGCCAGCUUGGGCCGCGUGGAUACCACGAUAGCGCUGGUAUAGUUGCUCAGCAACGGGAGAGACACCCUCCCACCCCUGCGCGGGCCGGGCACGACCACACCGGGUGGACCGCUGGACAGAUGCACCCACUCACCUCUCCAGUCCGCACCCCGUCCCACUGGAGCACUUCCUACCCCCCCACGAGGGCACAGCCCCACACGCCUCCCAGGAGACACAAACUCACCUCCCUCUCCCCACGAGGCAUGGAGACCCUAGCUCAACACGCCCCUACUCCACUGUUUCCAUACUUGGAUUACCCUGGGUCUGUCUACUUGCUGCCUUUGCAGCUGUACGGCUCCAGGGCGCUCGGACUUACUGGCUCGUCCCCACCUAGGGGCGGGUAAAAGAUCCAGUCCUGCCUGCGUUCUACAAUCUGGUGGCCGAAGCCCAAAACCCAGGCUGGCUCCUGGGGCAACGCCACGCCAGAGGGGAGGGGUUAGUAGGUGGAGGACUAGUCCUGGGACUUGGGACCAAUAUGGGGACCCCACCCCUUCCAUGCUGAUCUCACUGCCCAGUGAGGGGGAAGGGCGGCGAGGGGCAGGACCCCUGCUGCCCGUGGAGGUGGAGGGGUCCCCAACCCUUUCUGUGAAAGGGUCCACGAGGAGUGGAAAUCAGAAUCCCCCUCUACCUGUCUAUGAAUGGAAGCUAAAGAGCCAGGGGGAGCCGAGAGCCUGGGUUCUUCCCCUUACGAUCUUGGGGUGGGGGAGAAGGAUUGGAACAGGAGGGGGCUAGAGAGGGGCCUUGUAAUUUAUUGCUUUGUUCCCCAAUAUGGGGAUGGGGUGGGUAGGGGCGAGGGGAGGGCAUUUCAGGGUAGGGGAAGCCAAGGGUGGGCAGGGGUGGGGUGGGGUGGGGGUGCUCUCGGGUUGUGUCUGUGACUGUGACUGCGUACGUGUGAUUGUGCAGCGCCCGUGGUGAUCUGGGGAAGGGGGCACCCCUACAAUGGGGCCCCUCCCCCACAAUCCUUUCUGUCCAGCCCCUCUCUUACUGGAGCAGCUCCAGAUCUGUGUUUCUAUCCUUUGCUCCCUCCCAGCCAGGGCUGAGAGGGUGUGCAGUGGUUGGGAAGGUGUCCAGGUCCUGGCCCCAUCCCAGAAAGGGGGAAUUGGAAUGGAUUUACCUAGCCCAGCCCUGCUCCCUUAGUCAACCCAGGCUUUGGGCCGUCUGUGUCAGUGGUUUCCGGUCUUUUUUUUUUUCUUCCUGGCUAAAAUAUUUUGCAAAAGACCAGGUAAUCAGAGAGUGGAGUGAGGAGGGGGCAGGGGUUGCCCCCCUCACCUUCAAAGCAGGUUAUGUGAAUCUUUAACAGAAAUUAAAGAGGAAGUGGUUUUGUCUA